GGUUUUCAUAUGUUGCUGAUACACUAUAUCAUUACAUUAUCACACACCAGAGUUUCAUAUCAAGCUUCAUUAAUCGACAGUAUAAUCAUGAUAAUUGGACCUACAUUUCCAUAUUUCACGUAAUGCUAUAUAUUUCUAAAUGGACUUCUUCUUGAUAAAGAUGCUUCUCCUUCAAAUAAAGUGGAUGGAAGGCUGUUUGAUUCACGUAUCCAACAAAACAAUAUAGGAAAGUAAAUUAAUAUGGUGACGUUUUGUUCCUCGUUUUGCCGAGUUCUGUUCAGGUCGUGCCAAAAAUGACUCAUGCAAGUCGUAAGUGGACCUAUAGGUAUUCCUCGAAUAGGAUGUUAAACUGAGUGUCUACAGGUUUCUUAAUCAAGAAGUUUGAUAAGACCCUAGCGACCCCCCCCCCCUUCCAAGCAACAAGGUGAAGAAGCAUCGACAGGAAAUUUUCAAUGUGAAAGUGUCGCGUGAUCUUAAUCAAAAAGUGGAAUAAAUAGAUUGGACGUCCUCUUUUCUGGGCAAUAAGGUGAAACAAGUAUCGACGGUGAAUUCGUAGUACGAGAGUGUCACAUGAUCUUUCCAAUAAGCUUGAAUGAUUGAAAUCAUUUUACAGGGAAGAUAAAUCAAAACAUGGAAACCAAUCGUUGAAAAUGAAGUUUGAAAGCAGUGUACAUCUGUAGAGAAUGGUCCUUUCAAAAGACAGUUCGAAUGGUUUCGAUCAUGUCAGGGAUAGUGCCAAGUUUACGCACGCACCCGGGUCAUGUUGGUGAUACGAUGGAACUUCUUGCGUUUGUAGACCUGGCUUCGAACGACAUCAAGUUGGCCCUUGACAGGCCGACAAGGUCAAAGAGGAAAGUCAACCACCGGAAGUAUCUCAAUAAACAUAUCACCUGUCAAGUGGAAGAUGGCAAGAAAGAGAAAAGGCAAGAUAUUGACCUGCACAACACGGUAGAUGGUGUAGAUGUUUGUAAGACUACGAAGACAAGUACCCCUGCCCCAAAAGCAGCUCCAUCAUCUCCAUAUUCCCAUAUCACCACCAGAGCUGUUCAGUGUAAAACACGUCAAAGACAAACGCUGAGGUCCGGACCGCAAAUUCGGUCUCUUGCUGCGCUCUUCGAUGUGAAAGUGUUGGAUAAACGAAGCUCAAGCGCUGGCGAACGGACAGGAAAGGAUUCACAGGAUCGCCGCAAGGUUCCCCUUUGCUCUCGAAACUUACCAUCGUCAUUUUUCUCAGAGCCGAAACCGAGAAUCUCGACGUCCGACUCUUCAGACAUGAGUGGCAUUCAAAUAUGCGAUGGCCCAGUAGGAUCGGGGCCGUCUUGCUCGCUGUCGCCGUCAUCGUCGUCGCUGUCGUCGACGUCGGAAACAUCUGCAGCGCUCGACUGGCUCCUCCCGACGACGGACUUUCAUGAGAUGAUUGACUACUGGCCCGACGCCGUCAAUGAAGGUAGUGAAGGGUCAGACGUAGCCGGGGGAGAUGAGCGGGUGUUUGCAGAUUGCCAAAGGCAACCAACUUACCAUUCUAACUCUUCUACUGCAACUAUGGAGGUAUCUCCUGUUACUUCAACCAAUUUAUUUUCUGAGAAUCGGCCUUAUUUUGAUGACGGUUAUGGCACGUACUACCCUUGUCAUCAUCAUCAUCCUCCUCCUCAUCGGCAACCCCAUCUUGACAUUCCCCAAUCCGUAUCCGACCCAAUGUUGCGAUGUCAGUACCAAGACCGUGGUACUAUCCCGACUGUGCCUUUGGAUUCCCUUGGUACCCAUCUGCCUACAAACAAUAACUUCAUCAGACAUGACUUUAAUAGCGCACCCUUGCCGACAUUUCCAGAGGCAUUCGCACCUCAAGUAAGCCCGAUCGAACAUUGGUCCAAUCGAUCUAAUUGUUCUUCUACCAAGCCAUUGAUUCCUUUUGAUCAUAGUAAUCUUUCAGGUUUAACCUUAGAUUCCAUCUACACGUCAUUAUAGAAUGUUUUGGCACUCAUCUGUCGAAAUAAACUUUAGGAAAUACUGCAUCGUAUGCGAAAUUGAUAUUUUUGCCAUUCAUCAUGGGUGCCUAGAUCAAGUAAAUGCAAAUCAUAAGUCAAUGGCCCGUAUUUUAGGUAAACCACGACUGUGAUUUUAAGCAUAAAUUUAAUUUUGUAGGACUGAUUAAUGCAAAUUAUAAAUCAUGUACUACAUAUUAGGGAGUUUUCGAAGGAUCCAAGAACAGAGAAAAUGCACUGACUGUCAAAUGCCCGUCAUGACAAAAAACUCCAAACAAAAACAAAACAGAAGUCUUUGUCGAAAAUUGGUGAAUCAAAUUAGCAGUAUAGUCCUUGAUUCUUAAUGAACGACAUGUUUGCAAUUUAUCUUCAGCUCUGAAACUUAUAGGACAAACCUGCUGUUCCAUUUCACCAAUUUUCGACAAAAACCUUUACUUUGUUCUUGAAUCCUCCGUACGUAGCCGCUGCAUGGCGAAAACUCCCUAUUUCUUUUUUGACACAAACGUUAAAUUGUUGAAUUAAUCCCUAGAAUCCAAGUUUCAAUUAUAAAAAAGGGAAAAUACAAAUCAAAUUUGCUUCUACUAAUGUAAUAUUGACCACGUACUGUAAAAACUGACACCAGUUGGUGUUAAUAGUGGACCACACCUUGAGGUGUUAAAAUUAUACCCUAGAGAUUGAACAUAAGAGUGUAAAUGUAACAACCAAAUGUGUUAUAAUAACACCUAUAGGUCUUAAACUAACACUGCCAAUUUAACACCGGUGUAAAAUAACUGGUGUGGUCCUCUAUGUACACCGGUUAACACCACAGUUUUUGCUGUGCGAUAAUAAUCACAUACUUGAUGACGCGUUUGCAUAUUGUGAAUGGAGAAUUAUAGGCCUAUUGGAACUUCGAAUGUUCUGGGGGGCGUUUGGACUAUUUGGACAUUUUAACCAACAAUUACAAUAGAAACAGUGCUUCUCAGCAAAUAAAAAAUCAAGGAAAGCUGUCUGAUCUGACAACCUGUCGGACGAAAAAAAAAAUGUCGAAAGGCUUUCUUUAGGAUUUUCAUAAAGGCAUGGGAAAUAUCUAGGAACAGCAUUAUGACCCCACUCUACAUCAUUCCUGUUCUAUCGCAUUCGAUGUUCAAUUAUGAUCCUUCAGAGCCCAUUGAGAAAGCAUUAUGUGCGUGCUUAUGUCACCUUCUCAUUUGGAAUAUAAACAUCCAUUCAAAUAUAAUUGUGCAAAUGAAACGUAAGUGUAUGUUUUCAAUGAGACAUGGGUGUCGAUUUGUGUUCAUGGUUGGGGUGAUGACAAUAGCAUACUUUUUUCCGUUGGGGGGGGGGGGAGAGACGCGUAAACAUUUCCAAUGAAACUGGAAAGCGAGUGAGCGAAGUGACCGAGCUUGCCAUUUGGGUGCUUUAGCAUUUUCUAAAGUGAAAUUGAAGGAUUUCAUGCUUUUUCAUUUAUAGUUAAUUUUGUGAAUAUUUUCAGUUAAACAUGUUAAUCUUUUUUUUUUUUUGGGGGGGGGGUAUUUAUUUAUUUAUUCAGUUUUAUUUAAAAACAGGGUAGUCCUUUCAGAGCCCAAAGGCCUGCUUUACAAAAGAGCCCUGUAGACAUAGAAAGAUUUACAAAAUAAAUGAAAUACAAUCAAUAUAAAGUAAAAUACAGUACACAAUCAAAAUUACAUGACAUAUCAAUGCUAUCACAUUAAAUGAAUCAAAACAAAAAUUAAAAACCUAGAUUAAAAUCAAAAGACAGUUU